UUUGUCGGUUUCCUAUGCUCCGCCCCCGCGCCCGAAGAACGCGCUGUGCCGGGCUCAAGCUCCGCCCCCCGUCUGGGGAACCCAGCCAAUCGGGUCCGCCUCUCUGACGCGCGCAGGCCGGCACCUGCGUCCUGCCCCGCCUCUUUCCCAGGAGCUGUCAGAGAGCCGUUGUCGGUUGAGGGAGGAAGGUGCGCGAGGUGGAGCAGCCUGAAAUCUGGAUUGAGAAGCAAGUUAAGACUGAAAAAUAAGCACUGCAUUGAUGACUUAGGGAGACCUUGAAGGACACACUGUUUUGCUAAGCUACAUUUUUGCAAGCCAUUCAAGGCACAAUGAAGUACCCAUUAUGUUUUUGAAACAUUAACGGUUUUGUCUUUUGCUAUCAGCCAUGUUUUUUGGUUGAUGUUCAUGAAUUUUAUUGUUGUGAUAACAGAAAAAUGCAAGACCAGAAUUUAGUGGAAAUACAUAGUGGUGCGGAAGUUUCAAGCCAGUCAAUUUUGAAACCUCUGUCAACAGAGACGGGUGCCACCUCUCUCAGUAAAAACAGCAGUGGAACUGAUGUACAUUCUCUAAACCAAAAUGGAAAUUUUGAUGAAAGCUCAGAACUGGAAAUGAUUCAGAAAAGCCUUCCUGUCGAGUGUGGUGACAAAAGGGUUUAUGAAGCAUCGCUGGAGAGUCCUGACACCAGCUUGGGGGAAUCCAGCAGUACUUGGGGUGACUUUGAAGGUUUCAGUGAGGUCAAGCAGGAAAAUUUAAGCAACACCUUGGAGUCUUUGGAGAAGCCAAAUGGAAAACAAACUUACACAAAUGAUGUGGAUGUCAGUGACAGCUGCCUCACUACCUCAUGCAGACAGUUCUCUUCCAAAACAACUGGACACAACAGAAAAGAAACAUUUGCUAACACUUCAGUGAAGGCUGUCCUCAGCUCUGAAGAUAUUAUUAAACUGAGUUUUCCAGAAGUUCCUGUACCACAGUUCUUGGAGAAAAUUAGCAGCUUGGAUCAAGUACUUUAUACAAAAACAGAAGACACAAACAUUCCUGAAUGUACAACGAAACAACUUUGCACUGACUCUGGGAAUUUAUGGAAAACUCUUACUCAGUCCACUAACCCUUCCAGUUUAAGACGUCCUUGGAACAAAUCUCAUUACCACGAAAACCUUCUAGCUGUGCUUGGAAUAGAUGCUCAUCAAAAGGCUGUUCCAGAAGGAAAGAAUGAUAUUUUGGAGACUAGCAUUAGCGAAAACGAAGAUUCCAAUGUUGACAAGUUCAACAUUAGCACUUGUAAAGCACUAAUUCAAACCAAGCUUUCUGUAUCUCCUGCUCCAAAACAGAGCCAUCUCUUUUCCUAUAACCUUUUCUUGAAGAAGACCCCAUCUGGUGGAACUAUGCAAUAUAUCACAGUUCCACAGAAGAAGAGGAUUUUUACUACACGAAGCCUAAAGAUGAAAAUGUUCAGCAGCAAUGUUUGCUAAUAACCAACAUAUUUCUGUUGUUUUGAUCAUUUUUUUUAGAAAAAGCUUAUAUUGUAUUAUUAAUUUAAAAUGAAGAGCUUUGGGAGGAAGAAAAUAAAACCUUAAGCUGUGUAUUUAAUUUCAGUCUACCAUCAGGGAUGUGAGUAAAUGAACUUGAACUAGGUUGGUCCAUUCCAACUUUACAAUUCUAUGAUUUUAUAUCCCUUUGCCAGGAACUGCAGGCAAAUCAUAUUACAUUUUAUGGUAAACUAGCUAGAAUUGAGCUGUUAUAAACAAAGGAUGGGUUGUGCUCUGCUAACUCAAUCCUGCCAUUAUCUUUUAAGCAUUAAUGACAUUUGUCAAACUUUUUAAACUAUGCCCCCAAAUUAAAAUGUGUGUUGUUUGUGUGCCUUUUAACCUUUGUUUCUCCAGCUCACUAUUUCUGUGCUUAAUUCAAGACUGUACAGGUUGUCCUAACUUCUCUCUUAUUUAUCCCUACUUGCAGUCCUGUGCCUCCGCUAGUAUAACUGGUUUAUGAAUUGCCUUUUGGGGGAGAUGGGCAAACUUGAGUAUCAGCCACACUUCUCUAUAUUGCUUGGUUUGCAUAUGAACCAUCCUGUUGUGCAACUCAUCAGAAGACUGUUGAACAACUGUCCUUCCCUCUUGACCCUUCUCCUUUAGUAUUAGAGAUAAAUACAUCAUUGAACGUCUAUGCCAAGACAGGAUACUUCUGCAUGAUACGAAUGAACCAAAAUGGGAGUCCUGAAUAUAUUUGUUGAAUGGGCCUCGAAUAAUAGCACUGCACCAAUAACCUUUAAGGGCCUUUCAACUCCUUAAAUGUUAUGGCCUCUGCUAGAAUUCUGCAAUGUAUCUUAAAAGGAGCAUACACUAAAGCAGUGACUUUCAGGCUUUGAUUAGUCACUCCCAACACAGUCUAGUUGGGAGUGUUUCAGAGACUGCACUCACUCCAUGUGAGUUGCAUAGCUGCCCUUUUUUGAGCUGAACAACUUAGAGCAUAUUUGGUGUGGAAUUCAAUUAUUACACAGGUGGAACUUCCAUCACCUUCCUAUACUCCCACCUGUAUUCCCUAUACACCCCCAAAAUUUGCUCUGGGUGGGGGCACCUCUCCAGAGCAGAUGUUAAGGAGAAGAUAGAUAUGGGGCCCUGCUAUGGGAGCGGAAAUCGUUUUGUGUGCACAUCAACAGCAUGAUUGCAUACAACCCUCAAAGUCUCCUUCACUUGCACAUUGCAGAAGUAGUAUGGCUUUAACGUCAAAGGGAAAAGUUUGUCUUCUGGUUUGGUAUACACUGAUACCUUGGGUUAAGAACUUAAUUUGUUCCGGAGGUCCACUCUUAACCUGAAACUGUUCUUAACCUGAGGUACCACUUUAGCUAAUGGGGCCACCACGCUGCCAGCGCACGAUUUGCAUUCUCAUCCUGAGGUAAAGUUCUCAACCUGAGGUACUACCGGGUUAGCGGAGUUUGUAACCUGAAGAGCCUGUAACCCGAGGUACCACUGUACCUCUCUGAGAAACCCCCAAUGGUUUGAACAGUGCUGCACUAGAACAAAGGAGUCCAGGAACUAGGAAAUACUUCUCAAACUUCAAGAAACAGCCCUCUUUUAACCUAAAUUAGAUAUUUUAUGCCCCCACCUUGAUAUUACUUGUAACAUUCCCCUCACUUAGCUGCACUGUGUCACUCCAUGCUUUAUAAUUUACAUCCUAGCAGUAUCAGUCCCACAUUAGGUCACUUCUUCCAGCACUGCCACUUUGGGAAGCAUUGCACUUGAGAGUCUGUCUCUGACUAAAAGGCAGGGUGGGGAGCAGAGAGAGCGAGAGCAAUUGCUCACCUUGCUUCUGUCCCAUGCAAUUAUGAUACACUUUUAACAUUGUCACGGAAAGAGAAAGUUUGCUUCCUUCUAUUUUAUACUGAGUGUAUUUUAAAUUCUGAAACUGUUUUACAACCAUGAAAUGUUAGAAGGCCUUAUUGUCAUAUCCACUGACGUUCAUUAUGGGUGCUGGUCCUGAAUUUUCUCUUGAAGGGUCAGGGCAAGUGAUGACGGGUAAGGCUCUAUCCCAGCACUGCAGUCAAUGCCGGUAUGAACAUAGCAUAAUCUACAUGUAAGUGUAGCUUAUAGAAAAUUUUAUGGGUUGUGUUCUCAGUUCUGGAAUAAAACUCAGUGGGCACUAUUGUCGGUUUAGGAGAAACUUUUUUGUGUAUGUGUCCUUAUUACUUUAAUAGCAAUAGGUCAAAUUCAGUGUCCAGUUGCCUUUGUUUAAAGCUGCUUAACAAUGAGUGGAGCAGAACAUGUGCACCCAGUUAGCAUGGCAUGAGGGCCCGUAACAUGACAAAGCUUAAAGUUGGAAAAAUUACGCCUCUUACAGGCCAGUCGAUAAAGAACAAAUCUGCACUGAUACGUUUUGUAACUCUGCCUUUAAUAAACUAUUCACAAUAUA